AUGUCUCAACAAAUGAAUGAAAUGGUUGAUUCCAAUGUUGUUGAAGAGAGGAAUAUAUUUUGGAAACGGUAUUUCAUUGAAAAAAUUGCCAAUCCCAAGUUUAUGAGCAAAACUUCAAGCAAGAGAAUUGUGAAACCAGCGUUGACGUUUAGUUUGGAAUACAUUUCGAAACAUUAUGUUGAAACCAUGUUUUCAAGCAAGGUAUCUCAGAAGGACACUGAUGACGAUGGCAAUGAAGAUCAGGAAUGCGAGAUUAUUUCCAAUGCAGCACAAUUCUUUUGGAGUCCUUUUCCACAAUAUACAGGAAAAUCCAUUGAGUCCGGGGAUGACUAUAUAGCUUUGGGAGAAUCAAAAGUUGGAGGCUACCCUGAUUUUCCUCGUGAUUUCGAAUGGCCCAAAGAUGAGAAUGGGGAGGAAUGGAUCUUUGCUGCUCAAAUCAACGUGCGUCAAUUGGAAUAUUACAGUUUUUCAAAUUCUGGCAUUCUCAACCAAGGAGGAAUGAUUUACUUUUUGUUUCCAAAGGAUGCAACAGGUUGUAGAAGUUAUUGGGGCCUGAGAAAACAAGACCAUCAACCUGUGACGUAUUUGAGUUCAAAACAAAUCACAGAGAUGGGUGGGCUUGAAAGAAGAAUUCCUGUUAAAAAGAAGAAGCAACAAUCUUUUCAAGAUUCAUCACUCACUUCUCAAGUAGAGGAAUUACAUGACGAUGACGACGAUGAUGAUUUUGAAUUCGAUGAAGAGCAUCCCGACCAUUUGUUUUGUUCUCCAAAUAGAAUGGUGUUUUUUAGAAAUGUUGGAUUUUAUCCGUUAUUUGGUAGACAGUCAUUGGGAUUCAUUGUGGAAAAUCAGCAUUGUGCAAACUUUACGACCAUUGAAAACCAUGAUUAUUUUCAUGUUAAUCUUUCCAAUGUAUUCGGUAGUCCCUUUUCACUGUUGCCAACAGUCAUGGGAUUACCUGAAACAAGCAUUGACAAGAAUCGUCUGUACGUGAACGUUAUGGCAUGGGAAUUGGAUCUUUCACUUCUUCCAAGUGACAUUAUUGUAUUCCAAUCAUGUCCAGAACUUGAAUUCAAAAUGUAUCAAGGUUUGGAUCAUGCAACACCCGUUUUACACUUUGCAAAAACGACUUGGAGUAAUGGCAUUUAUUUAUCAUAUUCACUUGUUGAGAAUUGGAAUGUAUUACACGGGACAUGCUCAUUUCUGUAUCGACUCGCCAACGAAGAAGAGCAGAAGACUUUAACGCAAACCUGUGAAUAUUUAAAAGCUGAUCAACGAUUUCGAACUCUUGGAAAAGUAUUGGAUUUGGAUGCUUACAACAUGAAUUUGAAAAGUUGGUGUGGAGAGGGAUGGAUGUUUUUCUUACCUUUCCAUUACUUUGAACUGAACACGGGCCCUGUCAAGGAUUCCUAUGUGUUAAGUUUUGACCCGUAA